ACAUCCUCUGGUAUCAAAUCCUUACAUCUUCCUCCUUCUCAUUUGUGAUCUUUGCCAUUUUUCAGGCAAUAAUAGAGACAGAUAGCAAUGGCUAUUCGUUUGCUUGGUAUUAUACAUGCUAUGCACAUUCUCCGCCAAAUAAACUCAUUUUCAAAACAUGCAGCUUCAAAAUCUUUAGAUGUUCCAAAAGGCUACCUUGCAGUAUAUGUUAGAGAAAGUGAAAAGAAGCGAUUUGUGAUUCCUAUUUCAUUCUUGAACCAGCCGACAUUUCAACAAUUGCUAAACAAGGCUGAGGAAGAAUUUGGAUUUGAUCAUCCAAUGGGUGGUCUCACAAUUCCCUGCAGUGAAGAUAUCUUCAUUGAUCUCACUUCUUGCUUACAUGAAUUGUGAUAUGCCAGCAAAAAAAUGAAAAAAAUAGAAAAUUUUGUAAAUCCAAGUACAUUCUUUAAUUCUUUUAAGAAGAAGAGGAGAUGGAUAUUGUUUAUCAACAAAAAAUGUCAGAAAUUGAAUUAUUGCAGUUCCUCCACAUUCUUCAGGAAAAAAUGUAUAAUUGAGAACACCUUUUAGUUGAAACCAAUCCUCAUUGAUUCUAUGAUAU